AUGGACACCGAAUCGUUUGUGUCUAUCGGCUCCCAUUCUCUCUUCCUCUCCCUCUCCAGCCAAGAUGCACAUGCGAGCAGCCUGGUGGUCUUCCUCGCCGGUGCGGGCGACGUCGCAGCCUCGUUUGGCCCCCUUGCUCGUCUCGUGGGCGUCUUUGCACCGGUGAUGCGCUACGAUCGCUCCGGUUUAGGUCGCAGCGAGCAGGGCCCCCAUCGACCGACAGCGACGCGCGCCGCCACGGAGCUGCACCAGCUGCGCGUCGUAGCACAUCUAGAGGUCCCGUUUAUCCUGGUGGCACACUCGUACGGGGCGAUCGUCGCACGGGAAUACUUGCAUCAGUAUCCGAACGAAGUAGCCGGCAUGGUGCUGGUGGAUGCGUCGACUGAGCGACAGGGCAACUUCGUCCAGGCUAUCCAUCAAGAUGCCAUCGCCGCCGUCCUGGGGAAUAUGAACUUCGCCCAGGUGACUGGGCUACGCGCGCAGGCUCAGCUCUCCCGUGACGAAUGGCGCACUCGCGCCGCAGACAUCUCCCGGAGUCUGUCUACCUGGCAGGCUGAAUCGGCGUUACUCCAUGAAGUCUGUGAUACCCUCGGCCAGAAGGACCAGUAUCGCACGCGGGCCCUCGGCGCGAAGCCCCUGGUCGUGCUGCGGGCACGGCCAUCGCAGGACUACGAGCGUAUAUAUGCCGCCGGCGUUGCAGCCGGCCAGGGUACAGAGGCCCAGCGUGCUGCUUUCCGGGACUUGUUGGAUCGAUGGGACGCGUGGAAUCAGGAGACGCAGGCCGCUCAGCUGCAAUUAUCGUCUAUGCAUCGGCUCGUAGAUGUGCCGGAUUGUGGCCAUCACGUCCAUCUGAUCCGUCCAGAGCUUGUCGCGGCAGAAGUGCGGUGGGUAUACAACCAAAUCUUGGACUCACAGGGGUUAUCAAAUUUAUGA